AUGGCUAACCCUUCUCUGCUCAUCUCUCUUUCUCUUGCGGUUCUCGCGCUCUUCAGUGCCUGCCUAGCACACCAUGUUUCUGUCCAGGCCCCAGACGAGUGCAGACUCGACCAGCUGAAUGCCAUCGAGCCCACUAACCGCGUCCAGUCUGAAGCUGGUUUAAUCGAGUACUGGGACCCCAGAGACCCUCAGCUCCAGUGCGCUGGUGUCGCCAUGCUCCGAGUCACCAUUAGGCAGAACGGUCUUUACUUGCCAACCUACAGUAAUGGACCCAUCAUGGCUUUUGUCGUCCAAGGUCAGGGUGUAACGGGAGCUGUAACAUCGGGAUGUCCUGAGACGUACCAAGAAUCACAAGAAUUCGGACAGGAACAACAAGACCUUAGGUUGAAAGACAUGCACCAGAAGGUUCGACAAAUGCGCAAGGGUGAUGUCCUAGUUUUCACAGCCGGCACGGCCCACUGGUACCACAACGACGGCAAUUCACCUCUCGUAUUCGUCGCGCUCGUUGAUGUCAGCAACUAUGGUAACCAGCUCGACAGGAUUCUGAGAACGUUCCAUCUAGCCGGCAGUAAUCCGCAGUUGCCAGAGAGAAGCCUCUUUGCAGGCUUCGAGACUGAAAUCUUGGCUCAGUCCUUCAACAUCAGGAUGGAAACUGCAGAGAAGCUCAAGAACCUGGACGACAGCAGAGGAAACAUCGUUAACAUUCCACAAAAGCUUCAAUUCGUCAGGCCUCCAACAAGGGGUACUACUACAGAGCAGAGAGAACAAUAUCCCGGCCCAUGGGGAGAGUAUGAUGAGGAAGAGUACAACGGGUUGGAGGAGACUGUGUGCACACAGAGGCUACAGGAGAACCUUGACGACCCCUCACGUGCCGAUAUUUACGACCCAGAAGCUGGUCGCAUUAGCACUCUUAACAGCCUCAACCUCCCUAUCCUCCGCCGUCUCAGACUCGGCGCCGCCAGAGUUUUCCUCCACAGGAAUGCAAUGGUGUUACCUCACUGGAACAUGAACGCACACUCGUUGAUGUACGUGACUGGGGGGAGAUUGUGGGUGGAAGUGGUGAAGAGCAACGGUGAAGCAGCAUUCAAGGGCGAGGUCCGACAGGGACAGCUGUUGUUGGUGCCGCAAGGGUUUGCGGUGAUCAAACGGUCGGAGUCAGAGGGAUGCGAGUACAUUGCUUUCAGGACUAACGACAACGCUGUCGUCAACAUGUUGACUGGUCGGUUGUCAGCCAUGGCGGGUCUUCCAGUUGGGUUGGUGGCUAAUGGGUUCAGAGUGUCGUUAGAGGAGGCCAGGGAGAUCAAGUACAACCGCCAAGAGACCAUGUUGGCCGCUGCAAAUCCUUCCGCCCAGGGUACAGCCGAAGCUUAA